UGAACGGGCUCCAGGCUCGGACCUUCGGCGUCUGGACGCUGCUGUCGUCGGUGAUCCGCUGCCUCUGCGCCAUCGACAUCCGCAACAGGACGCCACAUAAUGCCUGUGACCUUCAAUGCACCAUCAAACACCCUGCCCAGUUCCUCUCUCAGCUGUUGCAUCUCACUAGCCAAGGGCCUAACCUCUAUUACAUCACGCUCUUCACCUUCUUUUUGGCCCUUGUUCACUUCCUCUCCGAGGUCUUCAUUUACCAUACUGCAGCCUUGACAAUUGGAGUUAUGGCACCCCUCAUGGUAGCAAGUUUCUCGAUCUUGGGGAUGUUGAUUGGGCUGCAAUACCUUGAGGUAGAAGCACUGUCACAAAACAAGAAGAAAAACUGA